AUGACCAGUUCAUCCAGCGACAUCGCAACCUCCUCCGGCCCAUCCCAACACCCCUUCUUCCGCGGCAACAUCGGUCCUCCCCUGCGCACCUUCACAGACGCCGCCGCCGCCCCAGCAGCACACGUCCGCAUCCUCCCCGCCAUAAAACACGACCACCGCGAACUAGAAGCACACAUCCACAAAAUCCUCCAAUCCGAAGACCCCGACGAACAAACCCGCUACCAAAACAAAUUCAUCUGGGAACUCGCCCGGCACACCAUCGCCGAAGAACUAAUCGUCUACCCCGCGCUAGCCAAACAUGUGAAAAACGGCAAAUCCAUCGCAGACAAGAACCUCGCCGAACACCAGGGUGUGAAGGAGCAGUUGAAGAAGUUUCAGGAAUUGUCCGCGGGCGAUCCGAGGUUUAAGCCUGCUUUGCAGAGGUUGUUGGAGGAUCUGGAGAGACAUGUUGAGGAGGAAGAAGGAGAGGAUUUGAUUUUGUUGGAGGAGGGGCUUUCGAGGGCGGAUAGUGAGGCUUUGACGAGGUCUUUGGAGAGGAUGAAAAUGUUUGUGCCGUCGAGGUCGCAUCCUGGUGCGCCGAAUAAACCGCCGUUUGAGACUGCGGUGGGGUUUUUGACGGCGCCGAUUGAUACGGUUGCCGAUUUGUUUAGGAAGUGGCCGCCUCCUGGGGAGGAGAAGAAGGAGGAGGAGAGGAAGAGAAGUUUGCCUAUUAUUCAGUAG